UAUUCCGAAGUUCCAUGUUGUUCAGAUGAACUAACAACGGCAACAUGUCGGAGCUACAUUUGAAGAUACACAUUCGGGUAGCUUUAUUUGUUUUUCUUCUUCCUCUGGCUCUAGCUGACUGUGUUGAUCUGGAUCUGGGAAUGGAAAAUGAGGAAAUUUCAGAUGGUAACAUAACCGUUUCUUCAGUUAAAAAUGCCAGCACACCAGCCAAGAAUGGUCGACUGAACUACACAUCAGGACCAUCAUGGUGUGCAAGACCAAGUGACACUAACCCGUAUCUACAGAUUGAUCUACAGGCACUAUAUAUCAUCUGUGCUGUGUCCACUCAAGGGAAUUCUCAAGCAGAUCAAUGGGUGAAAAACUAUACACUUCAAUUCUCCAAUGAUGGAACAACUUGGAUGGUCUACAGAGAAGGUGGACAAAUUAAGACCUUUCAGGGAAAUAGUGACAGAGCCUCAGAGGUGAAGCAUGUUCUUUAUGAAAGUGUUGAAGCACACUACCUACGAAUCUUGCCAAGUGCAUACCAUGGUGCUGUGUGUAUGAGAAUAGAAGUGUUCGGUGUUAAGCAAAAACCAGUUAAUUUUGCCCUUGGGAAGGCCACCUUUCAGUCUUCAACAUUUAAUAAUACUCAGUUGGGUGUGUCAGGUGUGUCAGAUAAAGCAGUGGAUGGUAAUUCUGAUACUGAAUUUAGAAAUGGAAGCUGUACGCAUACUCAGUCAAGAAAUCCAAGCUGGUGGAGAGUUGAUCUGGGUUCAGAUAAGGUUCCAGUCUCUGACAUAUUCAUAGUCAACAGAUUUUCAACAGUUGCUGAUGUGAUGGCUAGGAGCAAAAAUUAUAACAUUACUUUGGGUAACAACCCAAUAGUAGUAAACAACACUCAGUGUAAAGGACUGUACAGUUUUGUUAACUUCAAAGCAUCAGCUGUUUGUUUUACCAACCCACUGAUAACUGGCAGAUAUGUAGGGAUAUCAACAGUAAGGAAACAAGCUCUUCAACUCUGUGAGGUGGAAAUCUAUUUGCGAGAUAAUCUUGCAUUUGGAAAACAAACAAAUCAAAGUAGUGUAGAGUUUGGUGGUGUAAGUAGCAGGGCAGUUGAUGGUAUCAGUAACACAGACUAUUACGCUAACAGCUGUACCCACACUGGCAAAGAACUCAACCCUUGGUGGAGAGUUGACUUGGGACAAGUUGAACCAGUUUCAGAAAUAUACCUAGUCAACCAAGAAAACCAGUGGUUUUACAGGCAGAAUAACUUUGAGAUCAGAGUGGGCACAGUAUCUAAUAAUGGAGGAAUUACCAAUCCCAGGUGUGGUGAUAAGCAGAGUUAUGGCCUUCCAAGAGGAAAAGGGGUAUCCUUUUUCUGUCGUCCUGUAUUAUUUGGAAGAUAUGUGACAAUAAGAAGCUUAAGAUCUGACAGUGAACACUUCACACUUUGUGAAGUUGAAGUUUAUUCUGAAAGGAGAGCUUGCCAAAUGCAGGCCAUAGGUGUGGCUAGCACUGACACACUUCCUGAUGCCAGCUUCUCAGCAUCAAGUGAACGUACAAAUCUUGAAGCUUCUAAAGGUCGACUGAAUGCAUUUAGGGGAUGGUCACCCAGCAGUAGUGACAGACCUGAUGAUUAUCUACAAAUUGAUCUGCAGUAUGAGUUUCUUAUUUGUGCUGUAGCUACUCAAGGGAGGUCAACUUUUGAUGACUGGACAACUGAGUACAAGUUACAGCUAUCCUUUGAUGGUUCCACUUUUGUGACUUACAAGGAAAACAAUGUUGACAAGACUUUCAGUGGCAAUUCUGGAAGACAUGACAUUGCCAAACACAAUCUCAGAGAUGUGAGGGCAAGAUUCAUUCGUUUCCAGCCUGUCAAGUUUGUUAGAAACAAAGCUUUGAGAGUAGAGGUGUAUGGAGUUCUUAUAUCUAGAGUCCCCUCAAAAGCACCCAGUGAAUUGACUUUAUCUGCAAUCUCUUCUACAAGUAUCAGUGCAUCCUGGCAUUUACCUCCUGCAUAUUCCAGACAUGGAAUCAUUGCAGGGUUCAAAUUGUUCUAUAAAAAGAAAGGGUUUAUUGGGUCAAUACGUGUGGAAACUAUCAAUAAUGGAAGGACCUUUUUAGGAGUAAUUAAUGGUCUGGAUAAGUACACAGAAUACGAAUUUCAAGUGUUGGCGUUCACGUCUCAUGGUGAUGGACCAAAGAGUUCAGUUGUGGUGGAGAGAACAAUGGAAGAUGUCCCUUCACAACCUCCUAGUGGCUUAACUGUAGCAGCCAGCUCUUUUACCAGUGUUUUAGCAUUUUGGCAGUUACCUCCUGAAGACUCCAGACAUGGAAUCAUCAAGGGAUACAAACUCUUUUACAAAGAAACAGGUGGUGAUAUGAGCUCAACAACCGAAUUACUCAUCAACAAUGCAGCAAUUCAGUCCAUAUCUGUCACUGGGCUACAAUCUGGUACAGAUUAUGACUUUCAAGUGUUGGCCUUCACAUCUAGCGGUGAUGGACCAAAAAGCUCUGUGAAAGUCGUGCGAACAGUUGUAGAUGCACCUGGUCCUCCGGCUUCCCUCAAUCAUACUCUUAAAACACCGACUGAGUCACAUGGACCAAUGAUAACUUUAUCCUGGACAGCCCCUUCACAACCGAAUGGAGUUAUCAGGAAUUACACUGUGUUUUACCACCACAGUGAAGAUCCACUUAAUACUCACAAUGAGACCUUUGGACCAGAUGUCUUUAGUUACACAGUUGAUGUGUUGGGUGGAGUCACCUAUUGGUUUGACGUCAGAGCUGAGAUAAUAAAACCUGGAGAAAAGGCCUCUUUAAUCGUUAAUAUCCCAGAAUAUAAGCCUAAUAGUGGCCCAGCUAAGGUGUUUUCUGCCUAUGUGAACAAGACCACCUUAAACAUUUCAUGGGCACCUCUACCAAGAGAGCAGAGUAAUGGCGGCAUCAUUCUGUACAACGUCAAAGAAGAAUUGUUGUCUCGGGGAACACGACAGAAAAGAUCACCUCUGAGCGGCAAAACAGUCAAUACAACAGACACAUUCAUUUUACUGAGUGGAUUAUUGCUUUGUUCGCAAUACCAAGUAUCUGUUCGAGCUUAUACCAAAGUAGGUCCUGGCCCAUAUGGUCCACCUUUAGAACUGCCGAGAACAUCGGGCCCGGGAACACCUUGGGGGUUAAAUGCAUCAAACGUUGGAGCAACCCAAGUGACACUGGAAUGGAAGGAACCAGAGCUUAUGACAAAAGAAGGUCUCAGCUAUAGAGUGAAGUAUCUCGGUAUAAAGCCUUAUAAUGGAAGCUUUAGAGAGGAAGGUUUUCAGGACGUUGGCAGUUCCACCUAUUACACCAUGAAAGGUUUAGUUCCAGGUUCAAUCUACGAGUUUCAGAUUUUCGUGAGCUCUGUUUGUGGACUCGGAGAACCCAGAAGAUUUCCUGAUAGGAUCGAAACAAAGAUGACAGCCCCGAUCUCCCCAGCUGUACUUUCGGUGACGAAUAAACGUAUUUCGACAUCAACUGUUGUGAUUCGCUUGUGGCCUGCGGAGCAAAGAAAUGGUCCAAUAAGUUCUCAUCAAGUUAUAGUUCUAAAUGUUGUUGACGGAGUGGAAGAUCUUCCGAUUGAUUUUGCUUCAAAAAUACAAGAUUCAAAUAAUUCCGAGAAAGGGAACCUGAAUUUUUAUGUUGCUGCUGAGCUGAAAAAUAUUCCGGGGAAUGAAAUGUCUUGGGAAUUCAGUGUUGGCGAUGGAAAAACGUAUGGAGCAUACAGAAACAAAGAACUCCAAAUCGGAGAGGACUACAUUGUGUACCAAAGAGCGAUGACUUAUGACAAUGAUGUAAUUUUAUAUGGACCAGUCAGCAAGGUGGCAAAAAUUUCUGUCACUGAAGGAUUAGGAAGAAGAGAAAGCUCUAAAUCUGCUAGUAUUGUGCAGAUUGCCGUUCCAGUGGUUCUGGUUAUAGUCUUGGUACCAUUGCUUCUUGUUGCAAUACUGCUGUAUCGGAGGAGGAGACAGGCAGAAAAGUCGGGCCCAGGGAAAGACAGUAAUAAAGUACAUAUUCCACUUGGCGAAUUCAGAAUGGAUUCAGUUGAGUCCAACGGAGGAACAGCUGACUUAGUUUAUCAAAACGUGUCUGAAAUUCCUUCAGAUGAAAGUGUUGGUGUGAAAGAAUCUCUCCCCAAAGAAAAAGAAUCGGUGUACAGUGAGGCUGAUGAUGGUACGCCAAAACCAAUUCCUGUGGCGGAGUUUGCUCAAUACUUCAAGAACAAAUCAGUCAAUGGAGGCAUUGUGCUGAAAGAGGAAUUUAAGAAGUUACCCAGCAUUUUGCCGUUCUCUUGGGACGUUGGCAAAAACAACAAAGUGAAAAACCGUUUUGGAAAUAUUACGACCUAUGAUCAUUCUCGCGUUGUUUUGGAGAAAAUAGAGGGUGAUCCAAAGUCUGACUACAUUAACGCCAGUUACAUUCCGACUGUUGAUGAGGAAUCAAUGAACUACAUUGCAACGCAAGGUCCAACCUCUACAACAAUCAAUGAUUUCUGGCGAAUGAUCUGGCAAAAUAACUGUUCUGUUAUCGUCAUGUUAACCAACUUGGUCGAGCUUGGAAAGAACAAGUGUAAUCAGUAUUGGCCUGACAAUACUACGAGGUUUGGAUCCAUCACAGUAACACUACUUGGGACGCAAAGCUUCGCUGACUACUGCAUCCGAACCUUAAAAUUAGUCCAGGGCACAAAGACGCGUGAGGUUUACCAAUAUCAUUUCACCUCGUGGCCAGACAGAGGUGUCCCACACCAUUCGACUGCGUUACUUGCAUUUAGAUGGAAGGUUCAUGUUCGAAAUCAGACCACCGGCGGACCACUCGUUGUACACUGCAGUGCUGGUGUUGGUCGAACUGGUACGUACAUUGCUAUCGACGCCAUGUUGGAAGGUGCUAAGAAGAAGAAUGCUGUGUUCAUACAGAAUUACGUGCAAGUGAUGCGAAAACAUCGCCCUUAUAUGGUGCAGAAAGAUACACAGUACGUGUUCAUACAUCAAGCUGUGAUGGAAGCUUUGACCUGUGGAACUACAGAGGUCACUUCUCAAAACUUGCGGAUUAGAAUGAACAAACUUGCCAGGGUUAUGUCAGAUGCCAAACAGACUGGUUAUGCAGAAGAAUUCAAGCGUUUGGAGCUCGUCAGCGACUGCCAAAGCUCAGGAGAAGAAUUUGUCGAAGCGUUGAAGCCCUCGAACCUUAACAAGAACAGGUUUUCAAAUAUAGUACCAAUGGAUACUGCACGGGUCAUGCUGAGGAGUUCAGAGCUGGAUAAGGAUUACAUUAACGCCUCUUUCGUUGACGACUAUAGUCGACGUGACGCAUACAUUUUGACUCAAGCCCCGUUAAACGAUACUGUUAACGACUUCUGGAGGAUGAUAUCACAGUAUGAUAUCGGCACAAUUGUGAUGUUAAACAGUUUAAAAGAGGAAAAAGAGAGUUAUCCACUAUAUUGGCCAAAUGAAGGGUCUGCCAAGUAUGGAGACAUCACUUUACAGCUUCUAUCAAAAACAAAUUCGAAGAACAUAACGACGAGGAAGUUCAGCGUUAUAAAUGCGACGCCUCCCAUGAAGACGUCGACUGUACAGCAUAUACAGUACACUGGAUGGGCGAAUGGAGACUCGAACCCAGAUCCCCAAGAAAUGCUCGACCUGUUGGCUGUAUUAGAGCAGUCUCAACAACAAUCCGGAGAUGGUGUCAUUGUUUUUCAAUGCAGGGAUGGUGUGGGUCGUAGCGGCUGUGUAGCUACCAUAAUGUCAGUGAUCGAACGAGUCAAGAUUGAACAAACAGUUGAUGUGUUUCAAACCAUUAAACUGAUUCGAGCUAAAAGGCCUGGUGCUGUGAACACCUUGGAUCUCUACUUGUUCUGUUACAAGACAAUCCUUGCAUACCUGGAUUCUUUCAACUGUUAUUCAAACUUUGAAGAUUGUUAAAUUGUCAGUAUUUGACAGUUGUCGAUGUUUGCGUACCGUCAGUCAGUCAGUCAGUUAGUGAAUUGAUUAGCUGGUUGGUCUCUCAGACACAAAUAAAUUCAAUAUAACAACAAUAAUGAUAGAAAUGAUGAUCGUAUUGGUAAAUUGGUACUAAAUUGGUAGAGCGCGUACAAUAAUUAGCUCUUCAAUAUGGUUAGCUUUUUAAUAAAUAUCACGUGCUGAUUUUCUGAAGGGAAAAGCUCUCCAGUUUGUUUACCAAGAAAGUGCUAAUCAGUAGUUGCAGUUAAAUAGCAUAGAAAGGGAACUUAAGUUUUGUGUAACCAUGGUAAUGAUAAUCAAAUGAUCUUUAAAAUUCAUCUCUGACUCCAAGACUAAAAGUUUGAACCAAGAGCAGUUUAUAAUCAGACUGAAAACCAGUAAACAAAGCUUAAUUUGUGGUAAAUCUGUAAAGAUUUACUGUUUAAAUGGGAAUUGUAUUAUAUUCCUUCCAAAUUCUAUAUUUUUUUCAUUCGAAAAGAGACAAAGAUAAAGUGGUAUUUUAAAAAUUGGUGUUUUUUUAUAGUUGAUAGACAGACCAGUUAGAUGAUAAUACUGUCGAUUAGAAAUAAUAUUAUUUGAAUAGCUUUAUGAGCUAGUAAAAAAUGAAAUUCAUAAAUCUGUCUUUGUAGACAUUAAGUACAGUACUGAUGCGUUGUCGUUUUACGAGAGUCAAAUGAAAGGAAAAAAACUUAACUGUACACGAGCACUCUUAGCACAAGGUUAACUGUGUUCAAAUGAACUUUUCUCUUCAUUCAAAGCAACGUUGUAAACUAUAGGUACAUCAGUUAUUCCGUUGAUAGUAAAGGUUAUACAGACACGUAACACUGAGAAGCCGUUUGGUUGGUGUCGUUCUUCAUCAUUAUAUGGAGAGAACACGGAGGAAAAACUCUCUAACAGGCUUGUAUAUAAUCUUAUUCUGACCAGAAUUUAUUCAUUUAUUCGAUUGGUUAUUUAGUUU